UGACUUAAUAUUGAUAAAAUAAAAACAUACAAUAAAAUAAAAUAAAAAGUAGAAUUUUCAUUGUUUCUAAUAAAAUCUGAUUCUGUUCUUUGAUUCAUGUAUUAUUGUUCAAUAAUUACAACGCACUAUUCAAUAAAUAUAUGGUGUGCAACAGGAAAAAAGCAGUUUUGUAAAAGUUUUACCUAAUUGGAUUAUGCUUUUAGAUUUAGAGGCUCCAGAGGUCGAACCUAAAAAUAUAAUCCAAUCAAUGCAAAGCUUUAUUGUGUUUUUCUCUGUUUCACGUUCCACGUUCCAUGUUCCACGGUCCACGUUCCUCAUUCGAUUAGUUCAUCACGUAGUUCGUAGUAUGCAGUGGUUUGCAUAUGGUGUAUGGUAUGUACAUAAAUGCAUUGUCGAUCGUCAGAGUAUUUAAUAGUCGUUACAAAAUUUUGGAGUUUUUUAGAAAAAAUAUAGAAAUGUCAUAUGUCGAUUACUCAACAGAAUUUUUUUCCUCUCGAAAUCGACUAUUAUGAUAAUUCAUGUUGUAUUUUCAAAUUACGUUAAGCAUUAGCUCGCAAGGAUGACAAAGAGGCAAAGGAGCCAGACAAACUUGAAGUUUUGUUACGAAAGUCCGUUGAAUGUUUUUAAAAAAAGCUUGGAGGAUCUUACGAGCGUCGUGAGGAAUAUUGUGUUCGACGAUGAGAGGUUAAUACAUAGGAAACAAAAAUUAAAUAAACAAACUGCCGCGAGGACUCCUAGAAGAUUCUCACGGACUAGUGUGAUUGUUAUUAGUGAUAGUGAAACAAAUGAUGGAUGCAAUGUCAAUGAAACAAAUGAUAGGGAUGAACAAAACACCUCACUCAGUAUCAUUGCAUGUGGCUCAAAACUGACUUCGCCUUUACAAAGGCAAACGAGAAAAUCGAAAUGCUCUGCAUCUCAGCGAAAUACAAAAGCGUCAUCCAGAAAACAGGUAGAUAACGAUUCAUCCAUCCUAUCAAUUACACAGGAAUCUUCAUUAGAUGGAGAAAAUAUAGCUCCAUCACAAACAAAUGAAGAUGAUAUAGUUGAGUUGUGGUCAUGUCUGAAGAACGUGAAUAAAUGUAAAAGAAAGACAAAGCCUAAUCAUGAUAAGAGGAGCUCAAAGUUUAUAAUAGACACAAGGCCAAAUCUGAAUUAUCUCAAAUAUUUAGCUACCGAUACAAAAACUGUACAAAAAAGAAAGAAACAAACUUUACCUCACAAAACAACAGUCAAACCAUUUGAACAAAAACUAUUGAAAAAUUUGAACAGUGGUCGAAGAAAAAGGCGACGCAGUGAUAAUGAUGACGAUGAUGAUGAUAAUGGUGCAGAUGAUUUGAAUUCAAAUCUCUCAAAUGCACAUUGCAGCAAAAAGAAAAUUAUUCAAGAUGAGAAGAAUCACAAAACAAAUUCAAAACAUAAAUUAAGAGAGAUAAUUGUCGAUGGUUGCAAUGUGGCAAUGGCCCAAACAAACAAUAAAAAAUUCUCAGAAAAAGGUAUCGAGUUGGUGGUAAAUUAUUUUAAGGAUAGGGGUCACAUUGUGAAAGUUUUUUUGCCCAAACACCUGCAAAGACAGAAAUAUUCGCUUCUUGAACAAUUACACAAAGAGGGUAUCGUUAUUUUUACACCCAGUCGCAAAAUCGCUGGCAGAACAAUUACGUCAUACGAUGAUCGCUUUUACCACAGAUUUAUCCUGGAGUACGCGACGUUAUGUGAAGGCAUAGUGAUUUCUUCGGAUCAAUAUAGAGACCUUUACAAGGAGAAACCAGAGUGGCGCGAUACAAUUACAAACCGUUUACUGAUACCUACUUUCGUUGGAAAUUACGUCAUGUUCCCUGAAGAUCCAUUAGGUCAGUUUGGUCCUAAUCUUGAAAUAUUUUUGCGACACUAAUAUUUAUAAUAAUAUUAUAAUAUACAUUACUGUAGCAAAUUGGACAUAUGGUUCACUACUACAACAAUGACAUAAAUAAAAAAAGAUUUACCAAUUUGAAUAUUUUGAAUUCAAAUUUUUGUAAGAUCAUUUUUAAUUGCAAUUUUGGUAUAGUGCGAUUUAUUGUUUGUAGAAGAAUAAAAAUGUCAUUUGCUGCUCACUCAAAAUAUUAAACUUUCAUCAGAAUUUCCUUUUUGUUUACAAUUAAAAAAUGCAAUUUUUUAAUUAUGUCAUUAUUGUAACAAAUGAGCGAUAAUAUGGUUUUGGGGUGAAAAGUGUAUGUUUGUUGUAUUAUAACUUUAAAUAUUGUUUCCUUUCCUUCGUGUGUUUAGUUUUUAUACAGUAUUUCAUAUUUUAAUUCAAAAAUUAAAAAAUGAUAAGUAAUAGAUAUUAAGGACUCCCAAAAUUUUCAAUGAAUUGUGAAACAUAAAAUUGGGAAUUGGCGCUGUAAUAAGUAUGUAACAUUAAGUUACAUCAAGAAAUUAAAUCAAACAUACAAAAAGCAAUUCCAUUCAGUUUUUAAACAUGGUAUGGAUUUUUCUUAAUUAUGCCGGAUCGUAUGUUUAUCAUGGAAGCUAAUGAUAUAUUUUAAUAGUAACAACAUGACACAGUGAAUUAUAUAGAUCAUUGAAGAUGACUUAAAAUUAAAUAAAAACGUUUAAAUACAAUUUAUACAAUUCGUACAACAUUUCAUGCAAUUGGGUGAAAUUAUUAUAUCAAAAAAAGAAAUUGCAUAUUUAUUACAGCACUGACUUUCAAUUACCCAUUUUAUCUUUCAUAAUUGUAUAUUUUUUGUAUCAUAAUUGUACUUCAAAUAGUUUUCUUUCCUUGUCGUGCAUAUACUUUCUCAUAUUUCAACUUAAAAAUAAAAAAA